CAGCAGCUAGCAGUAGCAUAGCCCUGACGAUGCGUUCCACCAAACUCCAUUCAAAAAAGUCGCAGUUUAAAGGUUGCUCUCCUGUCGGUUUGCAGACAGCUGACAGAGCAUAAAUGUGUAAUCUUUUUUUUUAAAUAGUAACCGCUCUGUUAUUUUAGCAUACUUUUGAGUCAUUCAUUGCCUAUGAAUUUAAAUUACUUCUUAAUUUAUUUUUAGCUUUUAACGCUGGAGAAAGCCAGAUUAAUUGGUCGAUCCAUUUCACCAAACUCCAUUCCGACAAGUCGCCGUUAAAAGGUUUCUUGCCUGUCGGUCAGCGGACAAAGCUGACAGAACACAUAUGAGAAAGACCAAGAAGAGUUGGUCAUUUCCAAGCCCGUGUCUGCAGCCAUGAUGGCAGGAGCAGGCCGGCUGAGCUUCACGAACAUCACUGCUCUGGCUCCGAUGGUCCGGGUGGGGACUCUGCCCAUGAGGCUGCUGGCUCUGGAAUACGGAGCUGAUGUGGUUUACUGUGAGGAGUUGAUCGACAUCAAAAUGGCGCAGUGUCACCGGGUGGUGAACGAGGUGCUGGACGUGGUGGACUUUGUCGCUCCGGAUGAUCGAGUGAUGUUCCGGACAUGUGAGAGGGAGAAGGACCGAGUCGUCUUCCAGAUGGGAACCGCUGACCCGGACAGAGCGCUGAUCGUGGCCCGGCUUGUGGAGAAGGACGUGGCUGCUAUCGAUGUGAACAUGGGAUGUCCUAAAGAAUACUCCACGAAGGGCGGGAUGGGAGCUGCUCUUCUGUCAGAUCCCGACAAGAUCGAGGCGAUCCUCAAGAAGCUCGUCACAGGAGUGUCCAUCCCGGUCACCUGUAAAAUCAGAAUCCUGCCUUCGUUGGAGGAGACGGUCAGUCUGGUGCGGAGGAUCGAGAAGACGGGCGUCACUGCUGUCGCUAUUCACGGCAGGUUGAAGGAGGAGCGUCCCCGACACCCCCUCCACUGCGACUACAUUCAGGCCGUCGCUCGGGCCGUCUCCAUCCCCGUCAUCGCCAAUGGAGGUUCUCUGGAUCUGGUGAAGACAAACGCCGACAUCGAGGAGUUCAGGAAGGCGACUGGUGCCUCGUCGGUCAUGUUGGCUCGCGCCGCCAUGUGGAACGCCUCGGUGUUCUGCAACACGGGUCCACUUCCUCUGGAGAGGGUUAUGGAGGAUUACCUCAAAUAUGCGUUCCAGUACAACAACCAUGUCUUCAACACAAAGUACUGUCUGUGUCAGAUGCUGAGAGACAAGGUGGAGUCUCCUCUGGGGAAGCAGCUGCAGGCGGCUCAGACCAACGCAGAGAUCAGCGAGGCGUACGGGCUGCAGGAGUUUUACCAGCAGACGCAGGAUCAGCUGCGGGCCAAGAGGGACGUCCUGCAGAGCUUCACCCAGCCGGACCAGCUGGUGAUGGACGGAGACGUCUCCACCUUGGCUGUCAAGUUCCAGCGGAGGGAGUAUCCAGCUCACAUCACUCCAAAGAUGUUCCUGCUGGAGUGGAGCCGCAAAGAGAAGCUGCAGAAGCCGCUGUACGAGAUGGCGCAGCGCUCUCAGGAUCGAGCCUUUCAGUCGACCGUGACCAUCGGAGAGAAGAAGUACAGAUCUUCACGCUGGGAGAAGUCGAAGAAAUUUGCGGAACAAGCUGCCGCCGUCGUCUGUCUGCGAGUUCUGGGAGUACCGGAGGGUCGCAUCGGCGAGGAAGACUCCGGCCUGGUCUGCAAGAGGAAGAGAGAGGUGAAGAUAAACGGCACCACAGAAGAAGAGGGGUGCCACAAACGACACGUGGCCGACGGCCAACAGGAAACGGACGACUCGGAGGACCAUCACAAACCGGAGACGCCUGCCAGAACCACCGCAGAGUUCAUGAGAAGCUUCUCUGGCGUCUGCUGGACGUCGUGCGACGCAGCGGUCGUCGGUUUUCUGCAUUUAAAAGCUUCUCAGUUCAUUCGUGACGUCCUGAUGAAGCUACAUGUUGUUGUACAAACAGCAUUUGUAUUUCCUGUCUUCCACUGAUGAUGGAACUCUUCAUCGUUCAAAACUCCUGAUUUUCCCAAAACAUUUUUAUUUGAACAUAAUCUGUGUGUGUGUGUGUGUGUGUGUGUGUGUGUGUGUGUGUGUGUGUGUGUGUGUGUGUGUGUGUGUGUGUGAGAACCUUGGUGCCUUACAGAACAACUUUAAACUCUCUCUUUUCGUCCUCGACUCUGCUGAACUAUGGAAGCCCAUAAGGGACUUUCUCAAAGUAAUUGUAGUAUUGCGUUAUAAUGUUCCACACAUGUACGUGUUAUUUAAAUGUUCUAAACAUCUUAAUGAAAAUGCAAUAAUCCUCAUUUAAUUUAAAUUCUACUUUAUUUAUAUUGCAUGUUUAUUUUCACGUUUGAAUAUUUAACAUUGAAAAUGAAAACAAACGUGUUGCGGAACAUGUUUCAGCAGAAUAAGGUACGAAUUUAAUUUCAUUGUAAUAAUUCACAGAAUUGUAUUUUUAUUGUGUGGAAGAUUAUAACAUCAACGUUCACGAAAGUAGAUUUAUUUCUUCGUUUGUUUCUGUUUUUAUUUGCAGAAGUUUCACCUGAAAAAUAAAAUCUAAAUCCGGGUUUGAUUUAGAUUUAAUUUCUUUUAAAGGUUGUUUUUCUUUUGUUUUCCGAGCGUGCCGCUGCAGCCGGAUGGCGUUAAAGUGUCAAACAUUAAACACUUGAAAGAGCCGACCUGCAUUUACACAUUUCUUCAUUGUGAUGAACAAAGACGGUUUAGGGAUGAAAGUAAAAAUACAACUUUGGGCCUUUAAUUUAAAUUUGAGGUGUUUUUAUUUAUUUUCUUCUCGUGCUUCUUUCAUAAAUUUAGAUUUUUGCAAACAACAAAUGAGGUUUUACAUUUUAUUUCAUAAAGAUUAGUUCAUUCAUCAAUUAGUCGAUUGAUGGAAAAUUAUUUAAACUUUUGAUGGUUUAAAUUAUUAUUUGUGUAAAAACAUUUAAUUUGCUUCACAAAUUUCUCCAUUUGAUGAUUUUUCCUUUUAAUGUUAAUUUGUAAAUAAAAACACUUUAAUUA